ACAGGAUCACCAAGUUAGAACGUGUCGAAGCUUAAAAGCUGUUAAGAUGAUGUUUUCUUGAUAUAACUCUUGUUUUUUUUUCAUUCAAGAGUUAACCAGAAAUAGUUAGCACUGGCAAUGGACGAUAGAAAACGACAUAAAAGGGAGGAAUCUCCUGCUCGUAAUGUUAAGAUGAAAAUCAAACAAGAGAAAGUCAGUCCCGAUAGGCCUCAACGGUCUCGCCGCUCCAGUUCAGGGUCUAACCGCGGCAGUGUUAGUCCGGCACGGCGGAGGCGCGGGAGCAGGUCGCCGGGAAGGAGAAGGGACCGAUCUCCAGGAAAAAGGGACAGAUCACCUGGACGACGCGACAACAGGUCACCUCGAAGAAGGAGUCGAAGCCCGCCUCAUGGUGCUGAUGUUAAAAUUAAACGGGAACAAGAAGAUCGCAGGCAUCGUGACAGAAGGGACGAGUCAAACGAACGGCGGGGGAAAAGAGAGGAAGAGCGGCCGCGACAGAGAGAGCGUGAGAGGGACAGAGGAGCGGAACGGCACAGAGAAAGAUCCAGAGAACGGGACGCUCACACCUUCCAGCAGCAACAGGCGGAGAGGGAAAAACACGACGAGCGUCGCCGCGAGAACCGCCAGAGGCAGGAGGCCAACGGCGGCCACGAUAACGAGACGUACGCUUUCGGGUCGACCGAGGAAGAAGACAACCCCGCCGCCGAGGCCGAGAAAGAGAAACCAAACUUUGAACUGUCUGGGGCUCUGGUGGAAGAUACCAACACAUUCCGAGGAGUGGUCAUUAAAUAUAAUGAACCACCAGAAGCACGCAUCCCCAAACGCAGAUGGAGACUGUACCCCUUUAAGAAUGAUGAACCUUUGCCCGUCAUGUAUAUUCACAGACAGAGCGCUUACCUGCUUGGCCGGCAAAGGAAGAUCGCUGAUAUACCAAUUGACCAUCCUUCCUGCUCCAAACAGCACGCUGUUUUCCAAUACAGGCUUGUGGAGUUCACACGGGCGGACGGCACCGCGGGAAGGAGGGUGAAGCCCUACAUCAUCGAUUUGGGCUCAGGAAACGGCACCUACCUGAACAACCAGCGCAUAGAACCCCAACGUUACUACGAACUCAAAGAGAAGGACGUGCUCAAGUUCGGUUUCAGCAGCAGAGAAUACGUUCUCCUCCACGAGUUCUCCGACACCGCCGAGGUGGACGCCAGACGAGAAGAGGAGGACGAGGACGAGGGUCUGGACGAGUAGAACGCGUCGAGAGUCUCUCAAAGGGACGUACGCGUGCCGGUUUCCAAAAAAAAAGGGGAGCUCUCACAGUACCAGUCAAAUUUAUCAUGAUUAUUUUGGAUGUCCAUAUGGUCAUAUGACACAGAGCUUGACACGGUACGUGUCUGUAGAAAACAGAAGUCUGUGUACAGUUAUGUAGAUAUAAGGCUUUAUCCUGCCUGAAUUGUUAGCUGGACUUCAUUCUCAGGUUUUGAAAAAAAAACAAAAGCGCAGGUAUGUUGACGGUCGGUUUCCACUGUGUGACUGCGCUCAUGCCAGUGUUUUUGUAACACAAGUGCUUAAUGACAGAAAAACAAAUUUACGCAAAGAAAUCAAUAUAUUUUUUUUUUCGGUAAUAUGUCGUGCAUCAGUGCGUAAAAAAUGACGUCCUGUAAGUUAGUGUAAAUACAGUGGACGUAUUGAUUGUGUGCACUGGCCCUUUUCUUUUCUUUUCUUUUUUUUUUCCUGUGGUGUAUCAUUGAGCUAUCUUUAGUUCUUGAGCUUUAAGAAAAGAAAAGAACAUAAAUAUGUGUGCGUCUUUUAUUGGCUUCUGUGUUUCUUCAGUUCGUCUACCAUUUUUGGUAAAUACUGUUGAUUUCCUCAAGUCCUGUAGAGGAGUGUGCUCUCUCUCUCCCUCUUUUUUUUUUUUUUGGCUGUUGCCCUGUAAAAUUAAGACACCUUUGUGAAGAUCUACUUUAUGUAGGAUCUUUCAAAGAUCUUAUGUUGAGCGAGAGAUAAUGCUGUUCUUUACGCUCGUGAUUUUUACUGUCGUGAAGACCUUCAUACGUAUUUUAGUUAUUUUUAGAUGUUUUGUAUU